CCACAGAGCCAUCUAUUCCAUAAGCAAUCUAUUUUCUCAUCUUUUUCCUCUCCUCUCAAUACUUAUUUGAUCCUUGUUUUUAGUCCUAAUGGCUGCCCAAAAUGAUAUCCAAAUUACUAUUCUGAAGAAUGACAGUGAGAAAUAUGAAUGCCAAAUACCUGAUAAGGAAGACUUUGAUUACUCUCAAAGAGCACAAUGGUUACGAGCUGCUGUCUUAGGAGCCAAUGAUGGAUUGGUUUCUGUUGCUUCCCUAAUGAUGGGAGUUGGAGCUGUUAAAAAUGAUGUUGCAGCUAUGAUCCUUACUGGUUUUGCUGGCUUAGUUGCCGGUGCAUGCAGUAUGGCAAUCGGGGAGUUUGUCUCUGUAUACUCUCAGCUUGACAUAGAGGUGGCUCAGAUGAAAAGAGAGAGGAAGGACUUGGAAAAUGAACAGAGUAAUGAGAAAGAAAAGCUACCAAAUCCCUUCCAGGCUGCUUUUGCAUCGGCUCUUGCCUUCACCUUAGGAGCCUUAGUGCCAUUACUUGCUGCUUCGUUUAUUGAAGACUAUAAAGUCAGGCUUGUUGUGGUGAUUGUUGCAGUAACCUUAGCUUUGGUUCUCUUUGGAGGAGCUGGAGCUGUAAUGGGAAGGACUCCCAUCCUGAAGUCCUGCGUAAGGGUGCUCAUUGGAGGCUGGGUAGCAAUGGGCAUUACCUUUGGCUUAACCAAGUUAAUUGGCUCUAAUGGACUGUAAACAAGAUCACUGAUGAACUUCUCUUUUGAUCAGAUGCCAGACCUUGCCACACAUGAACAAGAUCAGUUAUUAAGUUUCUUUCGUAUGUUCUUAUCGCUGUAAUUCUGUUUCCUUCGUAUCUUCUGUUAAUAAAAGGAUAUAUCAUAUUGGAA